UGGUUGUGAGGAAUCCGCCAGAAAAUAAAUACAAAUUCGUUGCGCGAAAAUACCCCUCGGGAUCGGGUAGAGACUAAAGCUAUUAUUACCAGCGCCAGUCGCCUGCUAGUGCUGUGAUAUCGUUGCUGAGCAUCAAAUCGUAUCAUGCCGCGAGGAAAGUACGUAAACCACAAAGGACGCAACCGCAACUUCACCAACCCGGAAGAGCUAGAAGCGCAACGAAAGAAGGACGAGGAAGAGAAAAAAUGGCGGAAGACGAGGGAAGGCGACUCAGACGAUGACGACGAGGAUGAGGACAACGAAGAGGAAGGAGAGGAUGAUUCUGAUGAGUCCGAAUCCGAAGAUGAGAAGGCCAAAGGAGCCCAAUCGGUGAUACAAAUCCAAAACCCCAACCGUGUGGCCAAGAAGGCCCACAGGAAAGUGGAUGAUGUAGGGGCGGACGAGGAAGCACAGCUGACACGUCGCGAGAAGGAAGAAUUGGAGAAGCAACGAGCCGCGGCAGCCUACCAGAAACGGCACGCGGAAGGCAAAACAGCCCAGGCAAAGGCAGAUCUGGCGCGGCUAGCAAUCAUCAAGCAACACCGUGCGGAAGCGGCUGCAAGACGUGAGGCUGAGAAACGGGAAAAGGACGCCAAAACGAAGGGAGGUGACUCUUAGAGCUUGUCACUGUGUAGGUCUACGCCACCGAUUUGUUUAAUUCGCAGCAUGCCCCACACUCGAUGAGACUAUCGUAAUCCUUGCGGGAUUGCCUGUUUGAUAAGCGCAAUGGGCUGGUGUGCGGCCGGAACUCCCAAUGCAUACCGUCCCGAGCCAUGUCAACUAGACAAACUAGUGGAUAAGAUGAAAAAACGCAGCAAAAUUUCGCCCGACAACCUUCUUUUCCUAGAAUGUUUUAACGAUAUGCAGUAAAUUUAUAUUUACGAUAAAUAUAUUCCUAAUCGGCCUCUG